ACACGUCACUCGCCAGGCUGGCUGGCUGGCUGGCUGGCUAGUAAGUAUUUGGCGGUGUGGUGUGUGCGGUCGGACUGUGGUUGUGUCUCAGGUCUGGUCGUGUUGACAAACGACACACUUCGGACGCAAUUUCAUCGCGGGAGAGAUGGGAAUUCAGAAGAGAUGGCUCUAAAACGAAUUGCCCUGCCGCUGCUGGCCCUGUGCGGGCUGGUGGCUGUCGGUAAUGCUCUACGUUGUAACUGCACAAACUGUGAGAAGCAAGGCUAUGAGUGCGAGACAGAUGGCGCCUGCAUGGCCUCCACAUACUUCAUCCAGGGGAAGGAGCAACACGUACGCAUCUGUAUUAACCGGGACAAUCUGGUCCCCCCUGGACAGCCCUUCUACUGUCUGAGCGCUGAAGGCCUGCUCAACACACAUUGCUGCUAUGAAGAUUACUGCAACAGUAUUGACCUGAAAGUCCCUGUCCCAACAACAGAAGUAUGGUCGGGCCCAGGGGGCUCCUGGGGGCCGGUGGAACUGGUGGCGGUCAUCGCAGGGCCAGUGUUCCUACUCUGCGUGCUGCUGAUGGUCGGAGUAUUUCUGUUCCAGUAUCAUCAGAGGGCUUACAGCCACAGGCAGAGGCUGGAGGUUGAGGACCCAUCCUGUGACCAUCUGUACUUGGCCAAGGACAAGACCCUGCAGGACCUCAUCUAUGACAUGUCCACCUCUGGAUCAGGAUCUGGUUUGCCCCUGUUUGUGCAGCGGACGGUGGCUAGAACCAUUGUGCUACAGGAGAUAAUAGGAAAAGGACGUUUUGGGGAGGUGUGGAGAGGGAAAUGGAGGGGAGGAGAUGUGGCGGUGAAGAUCUUCUCAUCCAGAGAGGAGCGCUCCUGGUUCAGAGAGGCAGAGAUCUACCAGACAAUCAUGCUGCGCCACGAAAAUAUCCUGGGAUUCAUAGCAGCAGACAAUAAAGACAAUGGCACAUGGACUCAGCUGUGGCUGGUGUCAGACUAUCACGAGCAUGGCUCUCUUUUCGACUACCUGAACCGCUACUCUGUCACCAUCGAGGGCAUGAUUAAACUGGCCCUGUCUGCUGCCAGCGGCCUGGCACACCUACACAUGGAGAUCCUCGGCACUCAGGGUAAACCUGGCAUUGCUCACCGUGACCUCAAGUCUAAAAAUAUCCUGGUCAAGAAGAAUGGCAUGUGUGCUAUAGCUGACCUCGGCCUGGCAGUCCGCCACGAGUCCAUCACAGACACAAUCGAUAUAGCACCGAACCAGCGCGUGGGCACUAAGAGGUAUAUGGCUCCAGAAGUCUUGGACGAAACCAUCAACAUGAAACACUUUGAUUCCUUUAAGUGUGCUGACAUUUACGCGCUGGGUCUGGUGUACUGGGAGAUUGCACGUCGCUGUAAUGCAGGAGGUAUCCACGAGGAGUACCAGCUGCCCUACUACGACCUGGUGCCCUCUGACCCCUCCAUAGAGGAGAUGAGGAAGGUGGUGUGUGACCAGAAACUGAGGCCCAAUGUGCCCAACUGGUGGCAGAGUUACGAGUCACUGCGUGUGAUGGGCAAGAUCAUGAGGGAGUGCUGGUACGCCAACGGAGCAGCCAGACUGACUGCCCUGCGCAUCAAGAAGACCCUGUCUCAGCUCAGCGUGGAGGAGGAUGUCAAGAUGUGAGCGGCCAGGCGGCGUUUGAGGAAACGGGCGAGCUGGAGACGCACAACCAGACCACACUCCCCUAGGAAAACAAACACUAAAGACAGACUGCAAAUGAAAACCCUGCCAGUUUUAAAGCCACACUCCAAGUUGUGACAAGGCCUACCUCACCUUUUUAGCCAAAACUACUGAGAGUCACCCUUCCCCUUCCUGACUUUACUCCCGCCUUCCCCUUUGUUCCUCGUGUCUCCUCCCUCUUCCCUUCGAUCCCUAUUUCUCCAUGGGCCACAACACUAAAGCACUACCACUGUUAAUAUCAUCACACGUUUGUUUUCAUUUCCCAUGGCAGGAAUUCUUACAACUGUACAGUGACGGGAUUUCUUUAGUUUGUUUGUUUGUUUGCUCUUUUUUUUACCUCUCAGAAAUGUGUCCCAUAAUGGACUGACCUUGUCCAGAAGAGUCGAGAACAUUGUGGCUUUUACGUUUGAGAUAACACUUCAUAGUCUGUUGGCCAUGCAACACAUCACAUUCUGUUGAGCGAGUGAGUGAGUGUGUGGGGGGGGGGGCUGAAGCACUGUUUUCUAGCCGUGAGUGUGUGAGAGGUGUCUGGACUACUAGCAUGUUUUUAAGACACUAAGACGUCCUCAUUAGACAAAUCAAGUAAUGGGACGUUUGGUAGUUAAGCAUGAACAGCCGCUAAACGAAAACAGAAAUUAGGUGCACUCAACUGUAGCUUCCUCAUCACGUGUGGCUCCUUCAGGUGUCUCAUACCGGAUGUGGUCCACUCCUGGUGUUCGUUUUUGAAAUGUGGCAGGGAUAAUGUUUUGGGAUGGUUUUUAUUUAUUUGUUGAUAGUUUUUAUUUCAUUCUUGUUGAAGAAAAACACUGUGAGAUGAGAUGUGACAAACCAGAGCCUUGACGCGAAAACAAGUCGUUCAGUCGAGUCUUCAUCUUUCAGACGUUAGAUUUUAAGGGGUCGUCGCAUUCAUUUAAUAAGAGUGCAAACGUGGAUGUAGCCAUAGCGACCCCGUUUGUGACAGGCAAUGACAUCGUGCACACUGAGCAAAUAAGAGGCGUAUGAAAUGGCAAUGAAAAAUACUGUUUUUUUUAAAUAUAUUUUUGUGUUUUGUGUAAAGACAUCAUGAUGGGUGUUUACUUUUGACUUUGACAUUAGACACUACUGAUGAUGGGUACAUAUGAUUUGUAUAUAAAAUAUGCAUUUUUUUUUCCUUUUUAAUGCCACAAGCACCAGUGUGACAUUUGAACAGUGAUGGUUUUGCUUGAACGGUACUUUCGGAAGUCUGUUGUUUUGAUCUGUCUGCAUGGUUUCUAACUGUGCCGGGAAAUGGGCUGUGUCAUCUGCUGGAAUUUGUUUUUUAACCUGCUCCUCUUAUGACAAUGUUUGGUGGUACUACUGAUCCCAGAUAAUUUUACUGCGACAUGUUUAUUUUUUAAUGUAUAAUUGUUGGCUUUGUUGAGUUCUUUUCAGAGCUCGGUAACGCAGAUCUGUUUCCAUAAAAUGUCCUCCGGGGUGACAUCUCUUUCUCAUCGACACUGGAAUAUUUAGGAGCAUCGUGUAACCUUGAAUUCUGAAACUGCCAACGGCUAUUUAUUCAGAGACAGAGACAGCUGCUGACAGUUCACACAGGGAACAUAAGGUUAGAUGUGAAAAGCAGUUGAGACGUUUUUACCCUCAAAGACUGACGUGCUGUAAAGUGAAACUGCAUGUUUUCAUUCUACUUCAAGUCUGUCUGCAGACUAAACUAUGAAAGUAUUACACUGACGUUUGUCACCGUUGGGCUCUGCACUGUUAUGUCCACAUGGACUUUAGUUAAUGUUAGUUCUGUCAUCACUUGAUCCAGAAUCCAUGUCAUGUUAGAAUCCAUUUUUGCAUGCUGUCUCAACACUGGGUCCUCUGAACCGAGGUUAGAUGAACUUGAGACUUCCCUCCCCCCUACCUGUUGUUGUUUUUUCUUCCUUUUUUGUUCGCAUCGUUGGCUGUGUACCCCAGAAAUGUUGCUGCUACUGAUAACAUGGGUAGAAGUUCAGCAGGCAGAUCAGAGAAGGGGAGAUGGGAGGGGGGCAAAUGUGAGGCUGCUGUCAGUUGAACCAAAAUUGUCAAAACACUCUUGUCCAUGUUUGGUUUGUUGCCAUGGGUAUAUGACCAUCAGACAUCCUGUUCAUAAGUAAUACUUCAAGAUUUCAAAUCAUGUUGUGCAAAUCUUUUCAGACUUAGUUGAAAAGUGUAUAUAGAUGAUAUACAAUAAAGUCCUCUUUUUCUUA